AAAACCAUAAUCAUGUCUCUCCCAAGGCCGCUGAUCGCUCCAUUUGUGCUCUCUUUCUGCCUUCUCUUCCCCGCUGUUCUCUCCACAGGCCCUCUCUUUCACAAGUGCUUCAACCAAGCCAACUACACAGCCAACAGCCCUUUCGCUUCCAAUUUGAAGGCCCUGGCUGACCUUCUCUAUGCCAAAGCUCCUCCGACCGGGUUCGGCCUCGGCUCAGCCGGGCAAGGCCGGGACCAGGUCAAUGGCCUCGCCCUAUGCCGGGGAGACGCCUCCAGCUCCACAUGCAAGGCCUGCGUCCGCGAGGCUAGCAAGGAGAUCAGGGAGAGGUGUCCCAGGAAGAAGGGAGCCAUUAUCUGGUACGAUAACUGCCUCUACAAGUACUCAGACUCUUACUUCUUUGGGGAGAUUGACACCGCCAACAAGUUCUACAUGUUUAACACCCAGGAUGUGAAGGACCCCAAGUAUUUCAACCGAAAGACCAAGGAUCUGCUAAGUGGAUUAGUUGACAAAGCUGGUAACACUACCCUUCUGUACGCGACUGGGGAGAUGGAGCUCAAGAAGUCCAUGAAGCUCUAUGGACUGGUGCAGUGCACUAGGGAUCUGUCUGCCAAUGACUGUAAGAAGUGCCUUGAUGAUGCCAUAGCUGAGCUUCCAGACUGUUGCGAUGGAAAAGAAGGAGGGAGAGUGGUUGGUGGCAGCUGCAACUUCAGAUAUGAGAUUUAUCCCUUUGUUAAUGCUUGAAAAAUCGGGUUAUCGCUCGAGUUGUGGCUUAGUGUGGUAGCUAGUAGUGCCGUUAAGCCUGAAGUUUCCGGGUUUGAGUCUCGUAAUUGUCACAGUUAUUUUCUUAUUAGAUUCGAAGUGAUAUAACUUCACUUAGUGAGAAAAAUAAGUUUAGGGUACCCUAAACCCUAAAGAUAAGUUCAAGAGAACCAUAUUAGCAGUGUGUUUACUUGUAAGAAAUAGGGAUGCCUAAAUCUUGUUGAAAUAAUUAAUAAUAGAAUUAUAAAUUGAAUUAUUAUGUCAUUUA